AGCGCUCCGCCGCGCCCGGCGGGACGAGGGCCGUGCGCGCGCAGCGGUCCUGGGCGGAGCGGAAGACGCGUGGAGCCGUGCGAGGACCCGCAGGUUGUGCAGGUGUGAGUGCCACCGAGAUCCCUCGUUUGGGUCUCCGCGCCUCUGUGGGGACCAGCCGUCUGGCCGGAGCCCGGCAGCUGCGGGAGUGGACGCUCCUUGGCCGGGCCCUGCCGGAGGUCGUGCCGGGUGUCGCUUUGUGAGCGGGGACCUGGUUUCUGCGCGGGCGCUUGCAUUUUUAAGAUCUUGCGGGCCCUCUGGGAAAAGGGUGCCCAAAUUUUCCCUAAAAAAAUUUUUUUUCAGUGCAUUCCACCCCGAGAAAAGUCUGUCCAGGCAAAGUUAGUCCCCUAGGAACCCUAUUCUUUAUUUUUUAGUGUUUGGAGUGGUUUGUGGGGCAUUGGUUAUCAGGGAAGGAGAAACUUAGUACAGACAUAGUGUGCCAUGCAAUGUAUUUAAAAUUUUAAGGUUAUGAUUACAUAAUAAGCAAAGAGGCUGUUCCUUAUGUCUGAAUUAUUUGGGGGGAAUGUAGGAUAAGUCAGGAAGUAUAUUAACACUGCAAGCUGCCAGUUCCACGAAGUUGGAUGAUAAAAUCGCUGCUCGAAACCACAAUAUUUUAAGAAUUACUUCUGUCGGAGCCCCAAUGUACCAUGAAAAAUGCAUCUAUGAUAUGUGUUUUAGAAAUAAAAGUUAAACUUUGGUUUGAAUGAAAAAUGUCUCUCAACACACCUAUAUUUCUCAAAGAAAGGGAAGAAGAUAAUUCAAAAUUUGUGGAAAUACAACAGUCACAAACUACAUCCAUAGCUGCAGAAGAUCCUCUUCAAAACUUAUGCUUAGCAUCUCAAGAAGUUCUUCAAAAAGCUCAGCAAAAUGGAAGAUCAAAAUGUCUCAAGUGUGGUGGUUCAAGAAUGUUCUACUGCUAUACAUGUUAUGUCCCAGUUGAGAAUGUACCUAUUGAACAGAUACCACGUGUGAAGCUUCCAUUGAAGAUUGACAUCAUUAAACAUCCAAAUGAAACAGACGGCAAAAGCACUGCUGUACAUGCAAAACUCUUAGCACCUGAAUUUGUGAAUAUUUAUACAUAUCCUUGUAUUCCAGAAUAUGAAGAAAAGGACCAUGAAGUUGCACUUGUUUUUCCUGGACCUAAGUCUGUUUCAGUGAAAGAAAUUUCUUUUCAUCUCCAAGAAAAGAUUCAAAAUAAUGUUGGAGGCAAAAAUGAUGACCUUGACAAGCCAUUCAUUAAACGCAAGAAAACUGAAGAACAGGAUUUGAAUGACAGCAAGUGCAAAGACACAACACUGAAAAAAAUUGUAUUCAUAGAUAGCACCUGGAACCAAACAAACAAAAUAUUCACUGAUGAGAGACUGCAAGGGUUGCUACAAGUUGAGUUGAAAACAAGAAAAACUUGCUUUUGGCGCCAUCAAAAAGGAAAGCCAGAUACCUUCCUUUCCACAAUUGAAGCCAUUUACUACUUUCUGGUGGCAAGAACUUGCCUUAGAAUGAAGCCAGCAAAAGAAAGCAGAGUGGAGAGAUAAAAAGACUGAGUCCUGAGGACAUCAUUUAAUCAUCUAAUCUAGCUGCUUGUGAAUGGAACCCUACUGUGCUGAAUAGCUUCUGUUUGCCCUCUGGAUCCACCCUCCACUCUUUCCCAUUCUGCUCUCUGCUCUGUGAGGUAGGUCCCCUUGACCACUGGCUUUUGCUUGGGAUCAGCAAAUGGAAGCACCGUAGGAGAUUGGAGGUUGAAAGGAAAAUGAAAUUGUUUAUUUAUUUCCCUUGCUCCUUUCCUGCCAGGUCACCAUGCGUUGGGUGUGUCCUUCGACUGAAGGUCAUCCUAUCAGGCAUCCCUUUCCCAGCAGUUAUUCCAGUUAACUUCAGGCCCAUGCUCCCUCCAUUUACCCCUUUUCACUUAUAUCGUAAUGAAUCCAGGGUAUUAAUAGCCCCAGCGUAGGUCAGUGUACCUUGCUGGUUUUCCUAAACCCUGCCUUUACCUUUGUAAAUAGUAAUUUUAUUAUAUUUUUCUCAAAUGUCCCCAUUUGAAGUUGCCCUCUUUCUGGGACACUGACUGAUAAAUUUCACCCAUGUGGGUGCUAGAAAUAACAGUACAUUUCCCAAAGUAUACUCAGUGGGACACGUGUUUUUAUGAAUAAAUGAGUUAUUGGUAAAAUUUGUUUGCUGCACCUUAUAUUCCCCUGUUAGAGAUUCAAAAGGCACAAAAUGAAAGUGCUGAAAAGUCCUGAAAUAAACAUUUUGAACUUUA